GCUGUGGGGGUGGGUGUGGAGGAGCCCCUUAGCCUCUGGGUCUUCUCCUGUUUCGGGGUCGACGUGGCGAGGUGUGCGGAGGCGGCGGCGGCCAGACGGCGUGGAGGCACUCUAUUGGCUGAACAAGACAAGGUUCCUUGCCCUCAUGAAGCUUACAUUUUAGUGGGGUGAUACAACAUAAACCGAAAAGUGGUCUUAUAUCAGAAACAUGGCUACAGAUUGGCUGGGCAGUAUUGUGUCCAUCAACUGUGGAGAUAGCUUGGGGGUGUAUCAGGGAAGAGUGUCCGCAGUGGAUCAGAUCAGCCAGACCAUUUCUCUCACCCGGCCUUUCCACAAUGGAGUGAAGUGCCUCGUGCCAGAAGUCACCUUCAGGGCAGGUGACAUUACGGAAUUAAAAAUUCUGGAGAUACCAGGUCCUGGAGAAAACCAACAUUUUGGAGACCUUCAUCAGACAGAAUUAGGCCCAUCUGGUAUUGGGUACCAAGUGGGUAUCAAUCAGAAUGGCACGGGCAAGCUGGUGAAGAAGCCAGCCUCAUCCAGCAGUGCCCCUCAGAAUAUCCCUAAGAGGACAGACGUGAAGAGUCAGGAUGUUGCUGUUUCCCCACAGCAGCAGCAGUGCUCAAAGAGCUAUGUGGACAGGCACACGGAGUCCCUGAGUCAGUCCAAAAGUUUCCGCCGUCGGCACAACUCUUGGUCAUCUAGUAGCAGACACCCAAAUCAGGCAACUCCAAAGAAAAGUGGCUUAAAGAAUGGCCAAAUGAAGAAUAAAGAUGACGAGUGCUUCGGGGAUGAUAUCGAAGAGAUCCCAGACACAGAUUUUGAUUUUGAAGGGAACCUGGCCCUCUUUGACAAGGCAGCUGUGUUUGAGGAGAUUGAUACCUAUGAGCGGAGAAGUGGUACCCGUUCCCGGGGCGUCCCAAAUGAAAGGCCAACUCGGUACCGCCACGAUGAGAACAUCCUGGAGUCGGAGCCCAUUGUCUAUCGGCGGAUCACAGUGCCCCACGGUGUGAGCAAGGAGUUCUGCACGGACUCUGGCCUGGUUGUCCCAAGUGUUUCCUAUGAACUGCAUAAAAAGCUGUUGUCUGUGGCUGAGAAGCACGGGUUGACUCUGGAGCGGAGACUGGAGAUGACAGGAGUGUGCGCCAGCCAGAUGGCCCUGACCCUGCUCGGAGGACCCAACAGGUUGAAUCCCAAAAAUGUUCACCAGAGGCCCACAGUGGCCCUGCUGUGUGGCCCACAUGUGAAAGGGGCGCAGGGGAUCAGCUGCGGAAGGCACCUGGCCAACCAUGAUGUCCACGUCAUCCUCUUCCUGCCCAACUUUGUCAAGAUGCUGGAGCCCAUCACCAACGAGCUCUCUCUCUUCAGCAAGACCCAGGGCCAGCAAGUGUCUAACCUCAAAGAUCUGCCCUCUAGCCCCGUGGACCUGGUGAUCAACUGCCUGGACUGCCCCGAGAAUGCCUUCCUGCGGGACCAGCCUUGGUACAAGGCAGCGGUGGCCUGGGCCAACCGGAACCGGGCGCCGGUGCUCAGCAUCGACCCGCCCGUGCAUGAAGGCGAACAGGGUAUCGACGCCAAGUGGUCGCUGGCUCUGGGCCUGCCUCUGCCGCUGGGGGAGCGUGCGGGCCGCAUCUACCUGUGUGACAUCGGCCUCCCCCAGCAGGUGUUCCAGGAGGUGGGCAUCAGCUACCACUCACCCUUUGGCUGCAAGUUUGUCAUUCCAUUGCACUCUGCCUAGAGGGGCUCUGGGCUAGUUGGACCCUGCAGUCCCCUGCUGCUCCGGACACACUGAACUUGACAACGAACGCCUUAAGGAUGUGAAGCUUCAUGGACCUUGUUAAAUUUUUUCGCUUUUGGAUUUGUUUCUUCUGUGAGAGAACAGAUCAUAUUUAAAAAUGACCUGUCACCUGCCCAUAGCCGAGGAAGGCUUUCCCACUGGGUGUCCUGGGUGGGUGGCAGGCUGAGUGGCUCUCAACAUCUCUACACUUGGCCCCCUGCGUGGCUGGGUGGGGCUUUGUUUACAGACUUAGGCAGCUCAUGGACCGAGUUUCAGGUUUACAGUCACUGGGGCCUGGGCCAGCACCUUGCGGGGUGGGGUGGGUCCUGUUUGGGGGCCUGUUCUUGCUCUGGCUCCGUGUCCUCUGCCCCCCGCCCCCGCUCCGGGCGGCCUUUCCCCUGAUCAUGUCGAACCGGCUGUGCUGCAGCUGCCGCCAGAGGGCAGACUUGCACUCCGUUCAUUUUGAGGGCUUUGGGGAGGCCUUCCCAGAGCCCCACCACAAGUUGAUUUGGGGACUGUUGACCCUUUCUCCUGAGCUGAUGCAAGUUUUAUGCUGGGAUUUUUUUCAAGGGUCCUUCUUCCUUUCCACUCCAUCACUCUGAGACGCAGGGAAGGGGGUGGCAUCAGGAUGGUUUUACUGUAUUGGGAUUUUAUACUGUUUCUCUGUUUUCAGCAUAGGUAGUACGAGAUUAUGUUACUAUAGAACCACAGUGCCCAUCUUGCCAGCAGUGCCCCCAGCCCCAUACCCUCUCUGGCUGGGGGCAGAGCCUUUGCCUAGUCUGGGGCCAGAGCCCUCAGGGUGCAGCUUUAAUGUUCAGUAUUGGGGAGGUCCCUGGGGGAGCCUGGUGCUGAGCCAGAAGAGGCUCCCUGGUGCUUCUGUCUUAGGCCACCACUACCCCGCUCCCAUCUCCUUGCCUGCCUGUAUACCCCCCUUUCUUAUGCCCCCCCGUCUCUUUUCCCUGAAACAGUCUUUUGCAGCUGUCGUCCCAGAGCAGCCCAGGGCCCCACCCCAGUUCUUACAAUGUCUGGGCAUUGAACCCUUUAUGGUUGUCCACUGUAGAUGAGUACGCUUGGGGCCAGCGCCCUAUCUCAAAAGAUGCCAAAAUGAGGCUAGUUCUAGAUGAGCCAGCUGGCGGGGCUCAGCCAUGGGAGCAUACUGCUGCUCAGAUCCUAAGGCAGGAAAGCCCUUGGACCUCAUAGGCUUAGACCUUGGAGGCUGGUUUCAGAACAGGAGCCAUGCCCUGGAGUCCCUGGCAGGGGCCAGGCCUUCAGGCUUACCUUCUGCUCUCUGCCCACCCGCUCUGCUUAGGGGGGUGAGUGGGAGGGCUCACCAAGGAUCACGGACACAGGGUCGGUCCUGCUACCAUGGGCUUCGGGCUACUUAACGCUUUUCUUAUAGGAACAUAGCCAGGAGCAGAUGAGGCAGGGCAGAGGGCUGGUCCCUCCUUCCCUCCCGUCCUCCCUCAAAUGUUCAAUUGUCUCCAGCAGUGGGAGGAGGCCAGAGAUUGUGAGCCUUGUUGUGUGUACCCUCCCUGAGCCUCUGCUCACUCUCAGGGCCAAGAAGCUCCCAAGAUAGAGCCCUCUCUCUAGGGGCAGGGUCACAGUCUGCGGAGCAGUGCUGGGUUAUAGGCAUUUUAGUAAGCAACCAUUAAACGGUUUCUGGGUGCCUGCCUGUUCGUGCAGUAAGGUCCCCCGCUUGGGCACGGUGGAAGAGGAGCUUGAGGAGCCCUGGCUCAGCAGACUCUGAUUGAUCCGGUAAGUUGCAGUGGCGCUGGGGGGGUGGGCCUUGUUGAGGGGCCACUGGGAGGUCGUGCCCAAGCCUGUCUUCUCCCUGUGGGUGGCUCUGGAGCCUCUUCCUGCCCUUAGCCUGGGCCUUCCCCGGGCCUGUUAAAGAUCAGCAUGAUUCCUCUACCUUCAGCUGCCCGCCCCGCCCCCCCCAGUCCCCAGGGAGCCCCAGUCAGGUGGUCAGGACCAUCACCCAUGCAGCUCUUGGGGAACCAAAAACCAGCACUUAAAAUAAAGCUGAAUGACAAGAGUCCUGGGCUCUAGUAAAUUGCUGUGC